CCGGCUCCACAGACGAGAAACACCGCACUAUGGCCUCGCUCUGAGCCUCCUCACACGACAGCGGUGUACGUACUGAACCGGCAAUCCGUCACCAUCGACGCCCUGAUCAUGGACCCACGGUCCAGAGGCUUUUUACGGGGCUAUCGGAGUUGUCAGUAGUACUCCCAAAGUACUAUAUUGUUUGAUUUUGAGCACUGACACUUUUGCACGCCCGGGGAUUUAAACCGAAGUGACAGUAGCAACACUCACCCCGGCUGCCGGUUAGCUAGCUAGCUCGCUAAGUCAGUGGGCAAGAAAAGGGCAUCAGUUUUCUUUUGGAGUAAAGGACAAGGGAACAACAACACCACUACUUUCAUAAACAGAAGACUGAUCAGAGGCCGAUCCCCGAGUUCACAGCUUACAGCAUAUUCAUCACUGAUUCCCGAAAGGCUGGCAGCACAACGCCACCCUAAUGCAGAACCAUAAAAGAACGUGAAAUGAACAAACCACCACAGCCUAUCACGGGACCCACUUCUGUCCCAAACCCUGCCCCUUCCCCUGGAUUGACACAGGCCGCUUACGGCCCUGGACAGCCCCCUUCUCUUGUUUUUGCCACACCUCCACCUCCACAAAUGAACUCUGCACCACAGCCAAGACAGAGUUACUAUUCAAACCGACCAGCUAUGGCCACCAGUGCUCCAAGGGUACAAACAAGUAGUGGCCCUCGACCUGUUGGACCUGCUCACGUCUACCAGCCCAGCUCCCAGAUGAUGAUGAUCUCCCAGCAGCAGCUGUCUUUCGCUGGCUCCCCUCAGGGAUACUUCAUCCCCCCACCUGGACAGUACCGGGCCCCAUACAUGCCUCCUACUCAGCAGUAUCCCGUGACCAGUGGUACAGCAGGCUUCUAUCCGGGAACCAGUCCUGCUGAAUACCCCACUUAUGCAGGAGCAUACUAUCCAGCUCAGCCGCAGUACUCUCCAUCUGUCCAGCCUACACCGGUCAUGAUCAGCCCCGCUCAGCAACAGCAACAAGCCCCGCCUCCUCAGCAACCAUCGGCACAGUCACAAGGCCCAGUAAAGAGGGAACGCAAACCGGUAGUGUGUCACAACAAAAGGGCAGCACAUCUCUUGUCUGAGAUAAGAAUACGAGACCCCAACCAGGGCGGACGCGAUAUCACAGAGGAGAUAAUGUCUGGUGGAAGAUCCACCACUACACCGACUCCCCCACAGGCCUCAGCAGCAGAUGUAAGUCCUGCACAGACUAACGGUGAAGUUGUACAGCCAGUCACUACAGUGACAAUAAGAGAUGAGAACAUUGAUGCUCCUGCUAGCGCUGAAACUCCUCCACCUCCUGCCACAGCCAACACAGAGCCUGUGGUGGAGGCCAAACAGGAAACAGACAGCCAGAUGACACCAUCUGCUGAAUUAGCUGCACAUUCUGUAGCCCCCACCACUGCUACUGAGCUGCCAUCCCCAUUGAUAAAGGACCAGCAGUCGCCCUCUCCCCUCCCUCCUGCAGUAGCAUCUACUACUACUCCUGCUGAGGUGGUAAAUAAAGACGAUACUAAACUUGGUGACACAGUAGACGCUCCUGUCGGCCCUUCUGCAUCAUUAGUAGCACAAGAGGCGCCUGUUAAAAUGGAGGAACCACAGGCUGCUCCAGCUCCAGCUCCAGCUGAGAAGGCACCAGAGAAGGAAGAAACGAAAACAGAAGAAGUGAACAAAAAGGAAAAAGAGGAGCAGGUGGACAGCUCUACGUCAGAGCCUGCAGUUGAGGUUGAAGCAGUAGUUACCCCUGUUAACGUGGCAAAAGAAGAAACGGCUACAAAGACAGCAAAUGAAAUAUCUCAACCUUCGCUCUCUGCACAGGAACCUGCUGCUCCACAGACCCAGGAUGCAGCUCCAAACUCUGCCCCCGAACCUGAGCCCACACCGGCCGAAACGGCAGAGCCUGUUCUCUCCAACGGACUUCCUCAGGAAAAUGAGGAACUGCCUGACGACAGGGCAUUUUCAGACACUACGCAACUUGACAAGCCUGACUGCGCUUCUCAAUCUCAGGAAUCCACACCUGUGGCUAAAAUGGAAGUGCCAGCCCAGGAGGAGGAAGAGGAGAGGGAGGAGGAGAAGAAAGGGGAAGAGGGGAAGGAGAAAAGUGAGGAUGCCCCUCCCACUUCUGUUAGCUGCCCUACAGAGGAAUCUACUAUGCAAGCUGCUAUGUCUGUGCCAAAGAAGAAGAAGAACAUGAAGGAGCUCAACAAGAAGGAGGCCAUUGGAGACCUCCUGGAUGCCUUCACAGAGGAGCAGGAUGCCAAACCUGCUUCUGAACCCUCUUCUACUCAGGCCGAACCUGUCCCUGUUGCUCCAGCUCAACCUCCCGCUGAGGCCGCAGAUGAGACCUGGGAAGAGAAAGAGGACAAGCAGAACGCAGAACCCGACGGGCCGAAAGCCGCACCUAAGCCAACUGAGCAGAAAUACCAGUACAAAGAAGAACAAUGGAAACCAAUAAACCCAGAAGAAAAGAAGCGGUACGACAGGGAGUUCCUUCUGGGCUUCCAGUUUAUCAGCGCCAGUAUGAACAAACCAGAGGGCCUGCCCAUCAUCAGUGAUGUGGUCCUGGACAAGGUGAACAAGACUCCCCUCCGGCCUGUCGACCCAGCUCGAUUGAUGAGCACUGGACCUGAUUUUACUCCAUCAUAUUUGGGGAAUCUUGGGAGCAGAUCAGUGGGGGGACCACGAGGCCCUCCUCCUGGACCACGUCGCUCUCAGCAGGGUCAGCGUAAAGAACCCAGGAAAAUCAUCAACAGCAUGUCUCUCAGUGAUGACGUGCAACUCAACAAGGCUGAGAAGGCUUGGAAGCCCUCGGUGAAGAAGACCACACGCAGCCGCGGCAGUGAGGAAGCCGAGGAAGAGGACGGAGAACAGGCCAAGACUCAGGAGCUGUUCAAGCGUCUGCGCAGUAUCCUCAACAAACUGACCCCUCAGAAGUUUCAGGAGCUGAUGAAACAGGUGACGGAGCUAACGAUAGACACGGAGGAGAGGUUGAAGGGAGCCAUUGACCUCAUCUUUGAGAAGGCCAUCUCAGAGCCCAACUUCUCUGUGGCCUACGCCAACAUGUGCCGCUGCCUUAUGGGAUUGAAAGUCCCCACUUCGGACAAGCCAGGAAUUUUUGUCAACUUCCGUAAACUCCUGCUUAAUCGCUGCCAGAAAGAGUUUGAGAAGGACCAGGAUGAUGAUGAGAUCUUUGAGAAAAAACAGAAAGAGCUGGAAGCUUCCAAAGAUGAUGAAGAGCGUGAGCGCUUGAGGGUGGAGCUGGAAGAGGCCAAAGACAAGGCCCGCCGCCGCUCACUGGGUAACAUCAAGUUCAUAGGCGAGCUCUUUAAGUUGAAGAUGCUGACAGAGGCCAUCAUGCACGACUGUGUGGUGAAACUACUUAAGAAUCACGAUGAAGAGUCUCUGGAGUGUCUCUGCAGGCUGCUCUCGACUAUUGGCAAAGACCUUGACUUUGAAAAGGCCAAGCCUCGUAUGGAUCAGUAUUUCAACCAGAUGGACAAGAUCAUCAAAGAGAGGAAGACCUCAUCCAGAAUCCGCUUCAUGCUGCAAGAUGUCUUGGACCUCAGGAAGAGUAACUGGGUGCCCCGUAGAGGUGAUCAGGGUCCUAAAACAAUCGACCAAAUCCACAAGGAGGCAGAGAUGGAGGAGCACAGGGAACAGAUCAAAGUCCAGCAGCAGCUCAUGUCCAAGAAAGAGGGAGGUGGAGGCAGGAUGGGAGGGAGCAUGGGGGGCCGAGGCCCUCACACACCAGGAGGUGGCCGGGUUCCCCAGCCUCAGGAUGAGGGUUGGAACACUGUGCCCAUCUCCAAGAACAGACCCAUCGACACCACCCGCCUUAGCAAGAUCACGAAGCCUGGUGCUUUGGACUUCAACAAUCAGCUGUUGGCUCCAGGAGGCAAAGGCAUGUGGGGUAGCUGGGGCAAAGGCAGCAGUGGAGGAACCGGAGCUAAACCAGCAAGUGGAGACCAGGAUUCCGGUCGUCCAGCUACCAGCACCCUCAACCGUUUCUCAGCCCUGCAGCAGUCUGGUUCAUUGUUGUCUUCAACAGACUCUGAUCGCAGAGUUCCCCAGAGGUCAAGCUCCAGUCGUGAGCAUGGUGGCGACAGAGACAGGGGCGAUCGAGAGAGGGAUCGGUUUGACCGAUUUGAUCGCAGUGAGGGACGGGAAGGUCGAGACGACAGGAGCAGCCGGAAUCAAGUCACCAAGAGAAGCUUCAGCAGAGAGUCGCAAGAGCGCGGGGGGAGGGGCGGAGACAGCCGCGCCUCGACUGAGCCUGUGCGUCGUGUCGCCAGCAUGACCGACGACAGAGACAGGGGAAGCCGUGACAGAGGAAGCCGUGACAGGGGAAGCCGCGACAGGGGUCCAAGCAAAGAUCUUACAGCUAAGCGCGAGAGCGCCCCCACUCCUCCUCCUUCUCUUCCUAAACCUGCUUUAAGUGAGGAGGAGGUAGAGAAGAAGACGAAAGCCAUCAUUGAAGAGUACCUCCACAUCAAUGACUUGAAGGAGGCGUUGCAGUGCGUGGCAGAGCUCAACAGUGUCUCACUGCUCUAUGUGUUCGUGCGGAACGGGGUUGAGUCCACGCUUGAGCGCAGCGCCAUUGCUAGAGAGAACAUGGGCCACUUGCUGCACCAACUCAUAAAGGCAGGGACAUUGCCCACUCAGCAAUACUACAAAGGGCUACAAGAGAUCCUGGAGGCAGCAGAAGACAUGGCCAUAGAUAUACCUCACAUCUGGCUCUACCUGGCUGAACUCAUUACCCCCAUGCUUCGUGAGGGAGGCAUCCCUAUGGGACAGCUCUUCAGGGAGAUCUCAAAGCCUCUCGUGCCUCUGGGGAAGGCCGCCGUGCUGCUGGUACAGAUCCUCAAGUUGCUCUGUAAAGACAUGACCCCUAAGAAUGUUGGAGCCAUGUGGACAGACGCUGGGCUGAACUGGAGUGAUUUCUUGCCUAAGGAUGAAGAUGUCAACAAGUUUGUCACUGAUCAGAAAGUGGAUUUCACCACCGGAAAGGAGGUGGAGUCAAAGGAAGUGGAUAAGAAGAAGGUCCUGAGUGGAGAAGAGCUCAGCAAACGUCUGGACAGGCUCCUUCAGGACAAAGCUGACAACCAGCGUAUCAUACACUGGGUCGAGGCUAACUUGGACGAUCAGCAGAUGACUUCCAACCAGUUCUUACGAACAUUGAUGACAUCCGUGUGUCAGUCUGCCAUCAUAUGUGACAACCCGUACAAGGUGGAUGCACAGCAGAUCAAACAGAGGGCCAGUCUGCUGCAUAAAUACCUGUGUGACGAGCAAAAAGAGCUGCAGGCCCUUUACGCCCUCCAGGCUCUGAUGGUGCACAUGGAGCAGCCUGCAAACCUGCUGAGGAUGUUCUUUGACGCCUUGUACGACGAGGACGUUAUUAAAGAGGAGGCCUUCUACAAGUGGGAAUCCAGCAAAGACCCUGCAGAGCAAACAGGCAAAGGGGUGGCCCUGAAAUCGGUCACCGCCUUCUUCACCUGGCUCCGUGAGGCUGAGGAGGAGUCUGACAAGGACUAAAAGACUAAACUGAAAGCUGCCGCCCCCCUUUGGCAAGGCGGGGGCUCUGCAGGCGGCUGUGGAGAAUCGUGGACAGUAUUGCCAGAGAGGCAGACUCAAAUCAAUCCUCAGUGAGGAUAAAUCUUUAUUCUUUUUUUUUCCUUUUCUUUGAGGGAUGGACUCAGAAAACAAUCAUUUCUCUCUACCCUCCCUCUGUUGCUUCCUCAUUAUUUCCCCACCUGCUUGUCACAGCAAGUGUCCUAAUCAAAUAAACUUGAAAACUGAUUCAGCAGGAUUGCUUGUUAACAAGGUGUGAAGUAUCCCACAUCACUACAAAACUUUUUUGUCACAAUAAUACAAACCAACAGGCUGCUUUUCUAUGGUCCUAGAUAAUUAAAAUGCCUAAAAUCUUAUCUGAUCAGCAAGAAUAAACAGCAGGGCGUGUAGUGUAGUGGGUUCCCUGAUUCAUGGGUAUCAUCAUGCCAUAAUGCGUGUUCAGUCCAGACACAGCUCCUCUAUGUCUUUGUCCCUUACUGGCGUGUGCAGCAUGACUGAAGUGUGUUUCUGUUGAUUAUACAGGGGACGAAACGUUGCUCGACAAAAUGUACAUUAACUAAUCUUAAUUUGAUGGAUGGAGUUUUUAAAGCAAAGGUUGUCUAUUUUCUCUUCCUGUUUCCUAUCAUGAACUUGCAGAGGACAGAAACACGGGGGACUGAUGUUGACCUUUGACCUUGACUACUAGGGGGUGGUCUUAAUGCUUCCUCUAAGCCAUCCUCACCCAUCCCCAGUAGUGAACCACACUGACUGACUCUUCAUCUUUACCUCUUCUGUACUUAAACCUGAGCUGUCGUAAAGGACACGGGAUGACCCAAUCACCGUUAAAACUUGAAACCUACAGAAAAUUGACUUGAUGAAAUAUAUAAAGUUUAAAAAAAAAAAAAAAAGCAAACAAAAAAAAACAUACACACAGAAAUGAUCCGAAAGCCUUUUCUACUUAUAGUGGAAACUCAUUUCAGGAGCGUUCUGUAAAUAUAUAAUAAUAAUAAUAAUAAUAAUGAUAAUGAUAAUAAUAAAAAAACGUUUUUUUUUCCAGUUUUAUUUUUCAGAAACGAUAAAUUGCUGAUGUAAUUGCAGUGUAUCCUUUUCCAACAGCAGUUGUCCAGAUGCAGAGAGGUGCUUUAGAUAAUCCAUUGAUUAUUAGUUUUAUUGGAAUUUUGUAAAUAUUUUUUUUGCCUUCUUUAUUUAAGAAAUUAUUGCUUCUUUUGCAUCGGAAACUGGAAAGAUGAGGUAACGGAACAUUGCAAAUAAAGGACUUAUUAAGUUGC